AUGGCGGAAAAGAAAUUUGCUCUUGUCUUUUGGAGCGACGACCAGCAAAAUAGUGUUGUAGCAUAUGAGGAUAUAGUAGGUGAGGCUAAAUUGGGCGAGAUUUUACCAGUGGCUUGGCGGAUCAGGAAGAAGAAGGGUGAAGUCAAAACGUGCUGGUAUGAAGCAAAAAUACUUCAGUUAUCCGUACAUAUAUAAUACUAAAACUCCAUACAUGUAUAAUUCAUACAGGUAAUAUAGUGUUAACUUUAGGAACAGUGUGGUUAGAUAAUUUGUUUGGCGGUCUCGGUGUAUAAAAGUUUACCUGAAACGAUAAAUAGAGAUUUUCAAUGCUUUGAGCAAAGGCCCUUUCUUCGCCUUCGAAUGUUGCUACCUCUCAUUUCAGAUAGAAUUAUACACCAAGGGAUGAGUUAAAUUAUGUGAAUGGCAAACCAAGGGACGUCGUUACAUGUGUGUAUCUGUUAGCAAUAUGCUAUAACAAUAAGCAAGCUAAACUGAACUAUCUUGACUUAGAAUGUCAAUAUAUUUAAUUUAUAUUAUUCAAUUCUCAAUAGGAAAAUAUUCAAAACUAUUAGUUUUGAUUCUGAAUUAUCCUUGAAGUUAAAAUAGUUACUUGCUUAUAUUUGCAUUUGGCAUAGUUGAAACUGUAUGGCGACGUGAUAUAUCUUUACUAUUUGCCUAUGGCUAUAUGUCUUGUAUGGGCGAGGUUAUCAGUCUUACCGUACAACAGCAUAUUUCCGGCUUACACAUUUAAUCAAAAUGAAUACAUUAAUUUAAGCAAAAAAAAGACAAAAUCACUGGAACAAAGUAAUGAUCGAGGUGAUACAAUAAUUAUAAAACUGUAACACAGUAUGUGAAGGCCGGCCCAAUGCAAUUAUACCAAUUCUUUAAAAUAAUUCGAGCUCACGCUAUUUGUACAAAAUUGUUUCCAUAGGCGUGUAUUUAGCUGCAAGAAAUGAAACCAAUCCUUCAACGCUACAGUAAGAACAAUUGCGUGAUAUAUGGAUACCCUCUAAUACUUGUGCCAAUUAAGCACAAUUUUCUGAUUGCUGGCUCUCCCCAAAUGUUUUGGCAUUGUCUUAUGUGAUCAGCAUGUAUAACUUCCCAAUAUUCACAUUAUGUUUUAACACUAUCACAUAUAGUAUAAUUGUUAAUAUCUUCUUACUUUUAAAGAUAACGAAGAAUCUCUUCGUGUGAAAAAGACCCAGAUUCCUGUAGCCCACGAGACUUUGCCGAAUUCAGAUAGUUGAAUUAAUAAUGAAAAAAAUACGACUCCACUAAAUUCUGGUACUCGUCUGACCUUCGGCUGACCUUCGGCUGUCGACUGAAUGGUCUUCAACCAGCAAGUUGAUCCUAGCCAAAAAGAUGAAGUCCAAACACAAGACGAUGACCCGUUUUCCAGCCCUGCAAACAUGCCGCCAAAUAACUUCAUGGCUACUAAUAUGCCAAUUCACUCAACUAACAGCCACAAGUCAUCCAACCAAAGAGCAUGGCAAGAGUUACAAUUGCUAGGAGAAACAAACCCAGAUUGGCCAGAUGAAACACCG